UGAUGAUCUAGGUCGACAAUGAAUUCCUCCUCUGACGACAUGACUUCUACGCUUUAAGUGUGGAACCCCUGUCGUGGGGAUACAUUCCCUGAUGGCCAAAGGGGCAAAAACAACAGUAACCAAAAAAUAAAGAAGGAAAGUAUAAAUAAUAAUAGUGGGAGACUUCCUUCUAUGCUCUUGAAUUCACGUUACUGAUUUUUUAUUUGAGUUUCUCACAACAAUCCCCAAUAUAAUAUACAGAAAGCUAUGGGUACUGCUAGCCUUGAAGUUGACCCUGACAGCUUUGUCAAACUCGACGCCUUUACAAGCCAAACGUAUCGAGAUGUUUAUCCAGCAAUUGACCCUACUCGCCCCGAGCUGUCCCAGGCGGGAAAAGUGAUCGUUAUCACUGGCGCUAGCCGUGGCCUUGGACGUUUGUCCUUUGCAGCAUCGUUCGCCCAUGCCCAUGCCGAUGCGAUCAUCCUCUUGGCACGAUCCUCUAUCAAUUUGGCGGAGACCGAGAAGCUCAUUAAAGAUAUUAAUCCGUCGACAUGUGUGUUGUCGAUCGUCUUAGAUAUCUGUGACGAGGCAAAGGUCAAGAACGUCUUUGAUAGAAUUAAAAAUCAAUUCGGCAUUCCUCAUGUCCUUAUCAACAAUGCAGCUGUACUUCCCUCACAGGGAAAAAUUACGGAGCAGAAGUCCAGUCAAUGGUGGGAGACCCAUGAGGUUAAUGUCCGAGGGACAUAUAAUGUCACCAAGGCAUUCCUACAAAUGACCGGACCCAAUCCUGCCAACCCAACAACGAUUAUCAAUGUGACUUCAGCCGCGGGUCAUAUUGUCGCCCAAGGGAUGAGUUCCUACUGUCUGACCAAGUUAGCGGUUACCCAGCUCACUGCGUUUCUCAAAAACGAGUACCCCGGAAUUACGUCUGUUAGUCUGCACCCAGGUAUGAUUCUCACAGAUAUGGGUUCGAGUGUCUCCUGGUUAGAACCAUUCAUGAGAGAUACUGCAGAAUUAUCAGGUGGUACAGCAGUGUGGCUGUCAACUGGAGACAAAAGCUUCCUGUCUGGCAGAUAUGUAGCAGCGAAUUGGGAUGUAGCUGAGCUUGAGAGGAGGAAAGAAGAAAUUAUUCGGGAUAAUCUGUUAACUGUAUGUAAUCUUUACGCAAGUUGA